GAGCUGCAUUCGGGUCGUGUCAGGCGCGGUGGACGGUGCAUUCUCGAGUUCAUCAGUUAUUGCUUCUUCCCAGAAUUGAUAGUAAAUGUAACCAGUGGAGUUCUUUCUACUGACCACACACACUGUGAGUUGUUCCAUCAGAAGGCGCGCACGUUGCUGCAGUCUGUGUCUGUCGGUCGGUCCGUCUUUCAGUUUCCGUCGGUCAGUUCAGUUUCCAGGUCGUUCCGAGCAAGAACGUGCCAACCGAGAAACUAGGCGAGAAAGUUUAAAUCUCAUUUGUGACGGUACCAACCACCACCACCCACUACUGCUACUGAAGUGAAGGGUGAGCAGUGGGUGCACAAGGAGAAGGAGCAGGAGGUGACAGCCAGUUUCGCACUACAUAUCGCCGACCGUACCGAGAGCCAUUCAAUCGUGGCCCGUCGAAGCGGAAGGAUUGUCGAAGCGUGGCUCUAACGACGCGUUCCCAAGUGCUUAAAGAUAAUAAUCAGCUGAGUUUUCGGUGCCAUUGUUCACAGAUUAGUAUCUAAUUUACAGCCAAUUUCCCUCCACCCCCCACAAAAAAAAACAGAAUAGCUCAUAUUCCGCAGGCAUAAAAAUACAUCGACUGAUUGUGAACGACCGGACGGACGAACGGGAAGGAUCGUGAGCUGAAUAAGUGAGAGAAUCCCAAAAAGGAUUCUGAUAAACUGAUUGCUAGUGGAGAUAACUGUAGUGAAGGGGAAAUUCUCGAACGAAAAAGGAUUGUUGUCCGGAGACUAUUUGGCCGCUCCCCAGAUUCUGCAGUAAAACGAUAAUCCUCGUUGUUAGCGGAAACACCGAUCGCAACCUCACCAAACAUGCCAAUUUCCGAGUUUCGCAAGAAAAAGCUGCUGUAUGUGUUCAACGUGUUUUUCGAUGUGAACCAGAGCGGCGAAAUCGAUCGAAAGGACUUCGAACUAGCCAUUGAAAAAAUCUGUGAACUUCGCGGCUGGCCGGUGGGCAAUCCGCGGAAUACGGAAACUCACGAAUCCAUGUUCAAAAUUUGGGAUGGAUUGCGUUCCAAGGCGGACAAGGAUAACGAUGGUCAGGUCUCGGUCGAGGAGUGGUGCAAAAUGUGGGAUGAGUACGCGCGGGAUCCGGACUCCGUGCUUGACUGGCAGUUGAGAUACAUGAACUUUAUGUUCGACCUAGAAGACGCUUCCAACGACGGAGGCAUCGAUGCGGAGGAAUUUUCCAUUGUCUGCUCCAGCUACGGACCCGAUAAGCAAGAAUGUCAGCAAGCAUUCCGGAAGAUGGCGCAGGGUUCUGAUGAGGUCAACCGGGAGCAGUUUGCCGACUUGUGGCGCGAGUAUUUCUCGACCGACGAUCCAACGGCGCCCGGCAACUUCAUUUUCGGUAAAACAGAAUUUUAACGUAGCGGAGCGAACGACCGAUUUCUAGCUCUUAGCAAUACCCUCGAACAACGUUCCGAGUUCCGGUGGAUUUGGAACCCCUCUAGCGGCAGCAAUAGCGGCGGCGAUAGUGCACCCGAACAAAAGAAGACACUUAUCGGUAGAACAGACCGAACCUGGCGCAAGAGGGCAUUUUUCAAUUUAGUCAAAUUUAGUAGCGGCGGCCUUCGGGUUGCGUUGUUUUUUCUCUAGCGUUGAGUUCCCAAUUCAAAACACAUCAACAAUUUAUACGAACGGUCGGGAGCAUUUCGGACCUUGACGACGCAGACGGAGAUAGAUUUGGUAGUUUCGGUGUCCGGUGCAAUAAAUUGUAAGCGUUUUCAAAUACAUCAAUCAUUUUGAUUGUGAUGCGGUUCCGGCAGAUGUCACUGCGUGGAGUCGAACGGUUAAAUCGGUUUACCGUCAGGCAGAUUCUUUUCCGUUUCGCGUCAUGAAUAAAGAAAAUCACUUCGAGGCAACUGUUGGUAGACCUCGAGCGAAUGGAUUAACAGUUCUGAAGUUAAACGAAUAAAAAAAGAUAUUCUCCGUUUUUUUUGUUGCCAUUCAAAGCGUUUGUGGAGGGGAAGCGAACCGGUCCCGUGACGUGAUUAUAAUAAAUUGUGAAGCACAGAAAUAUGAUAAAUCAUAGUCAACGAGAAUAGGUUCCAGCUUUUCUAGGUGACGUGGCCUAUCUUCGGUUUUUGCUUGCAGCAAAGCUACUUGAAAAAAGAAGCCAAAGAUGCUUUUUCUAGGUUAGGACAUUUUUUUUUUCGGUGAGAGCCUUGUAGUUUUUGCAACCUAUGCAGCUCUAUCUUCUCACUUAGUUCCAAUCCGGUACGUGCCUGAGAUUCUCCUGUGUUUGAACGGCUAUUUUGUUAUCAGCUGUCAUUUUUCGGUUGGCUGAUUAUAGUAGGCUUGAAAAAUGUUUUUAUAAUGUGCAUGUCCAUACUACCGGAGGCGGUCAUCAAUUCACAGUGGGUUUUAAUAGUGUUAUUAAAGUGAGAAAUUAUUUGAUAAUGCUUUAUUUUCACGAUUCAAAUCAUCGGGCAUUUAAGGUUUCACUUACAAUCUUAGGAAAACAGACAUGGUUAAAAAAACGCAAUAAGCAGUUUUUGCUUGGUAAAUCUUCAAGAAAAAUAUUAGAAUUUUUGAACUAAAUAAACUGACAUUUCAUUAGGAGAAAACAGUUUUUGAGUUUUUCAAUGAUGGCUGCUUUUUUAUAAAAGUAAAUUUCCCUUUGAACGAAGCCUAUCUCGUUUGCAUCAUCCAUUUUUUCUGACUGAAGUGUAACGAAAUGGCAUAGGUUAUCGGAAUUUUCCAUCAGCGCCUGUGCAGCUACACAGAAAACGAAAAGUAUAUAUUUAUUGACUACUUUUUACUCAAUUUGGAAUUAUUUUGAAUCGUUAUUUCAGGAGAGCUAAGAAAAAUAGAGUAUUAAUUUUAACGGCAGACGUAAGAGAAAACCUUUCUCUAUUGUUUUCUGUUAGGACUUACUCUCAGCGAGUACUGAGUCUUUGGAGAUUCCUCUGCAAAGUGAAUGUUGAUAGGUGGUUUAUUGGCCGUUAGCACAAAAAAGAGAUAAAUAUGGCAAGAAUUGCCGAACAAGGUUGACUGUGUACACACUAAACUUCGUUUGGUGGUUUUUAGUGUAUAUACACUAACUGAGUUCGGUAAAUUUCGCAUUUUUUAGAAGCUUUGAACAGCCGAAUUACCGAACACUUUCAUACUACCGAUAUAACAGCACAAAUCAACAUUUGUUGACAGUCGUACUUUAAGGAACUGCUGUAAUGAAAACAUUAUUUUUAUUGAGAAAACCACCUACCGAGAUUUGCACAACUGAGAUCGGUAAUCCAAUUUAAGUGUGUAGACAGGCAAUCGGAAUGAUCGAACCCUAAAAAAUCCACCUAGUGUUUUAGCGAUGCAUUUCUAAUCAGUGUUUUGAGAUGUAAUUCCCAUUUCGAAGGUUUUCAUCCCAACUUGCGGUGCUUGCGAAACUGGAAAUCGAGGACCGACAAAACUGAAGUAGGUUUGCUUCGCCACCAACAGGCAAUAUUUGAAAUAUUUUGGGAUAAGCUUGAACGUUUCGUUAAUGUUUUGCAUCCCCAAUUAAGUUAUGAUUUGACAUUUUCAACACUCAGUACACACUUAAAUUGGAAAACCGAUCUCAGCUGUUCGAACCUCGGUAGCUGAGUUUUUCAGCAAAAAUAACGUUUCAUCACAGCGGUAUCUUAAGGUUUUGCUGUAAACAAAUGUUUGUUUGUGCUGAUAUAUUAAAAGAAACUGAGAAUGUUUGGUAGUUCGGCUGUUCAAAAUUCGUUAAAAGGUUCGGAAGAAGUUACCGUACGAUGUUUAGUGUGUACCCUUUAAUUCCACAACCAGAAGUCACACAGUUAAAUCCAAUUCUCUAGCUCGGUAAAGAAGAAUGCCGAGACAGAUCGACAACACACAAUUUUUCCGAUUUCUCAGUAAUAAAUAUUACGAUUUCCGUGAUCCGUUCAGUAGAUUUAGUUAUUUUUCGGCAAAAAGAGCAUCUUUUUGCCGAGAUUUGACAAAAUCUUAUACUAAACUCAUCAGGGAUUUACAAUUAUCCCGAAAUCACCAAAUGCUUUGACCAAAAUUUUGAAAUAUGUAUUAGUUUUUGCCGAAAUUCGGCAAGGCAACUGUGAUUUAUGGUUCAUAUUUUCGCUACUCACUACGCAGUUAUUUUCUGACGAAGAAGUGAGAAUCUACGAUUUAUCCAGUAAGUAUAAUAACUACAAAUUAUUAUUGAUUAUUUAAAGAAUGCACGUUCCAGAUCCUGCUUUCUUUGUCGGAAUUCUUUGUUUGCUUUUAGUUGCUGGAGGAUCAGUAAUUUACAAUUUUCACUUCGUUACUUUUGCCGAACAUUCAGUAAAGGUUAUGCCGAACAGACAGUAAACUUUUGCUGACAAAUUUGGUAAUAACUGACGUUUGUCAAAUUUGAUAUUUCCGAUACUUUGCAAUUGUAUCUUUUGCCGAGAUGAUUACCGAGUACUCGUCGGUUCAAAUCUCGGUAAUGAUUUCGCCGAUAUUCAGCGAAAAAAAGUGCGCAGAUCCAAUUCAAACUGAAUGACAAUUUUGAAGAUUUGGUUCCUUUUUGUUGUCAUCUCUAAAUAUUUGACAUUUAUCACCCUGUAUUUUCCGAACCAGAAGUCGAAGUCCGAGUAGAAUUGAAUGACUGUCAAUGGGAUCUUGCGUAAAUUGACUUAGCAUUUUUCUAAAACAAAAUCGAGGUGAGUUCCGAUGUGUUUUGGAUCCUCCUUCAAAGUUUUUUAGUCCGGUUCUUGCAAUAACCGUUGUUUUUAAACGAUUCUUACAUUGCAAAAUCCGUGUCCGGUUCUUGCUCUCAAAGUUAUCAUCCGAUUCUUGCAUUCAUAAAUACUUGAACGGGUUUCCCAAGCUAAGUUGUAUUUAUCCAAUUUCUGCUUUCAGCCGUUCAAAUGAUCACUCAGUGAAAUUGAUUUUUUUAAACAUUUUUCACCCAAUAAUUUCGGAACCGAAAGCCGGAUCCGGAUAAAAUUCAAUAGCAGACUAUGGUACCAUAAGAUAUUUCCUUUUGAAUCUAAAAUUUAUGAAAAUCCUUUCAGUCCCCUUCAAGAGAAGUUAGUGUACCGUUUUCAUUUUUUUUUGUUUUGGAUGUAUCAUUCUGUAAGUCUGGAACCGGCAGUAGGAUCCGGAUAAAAUUUAGUAUCAGCCUUUCGCGGGAAUCUUAUGGGGGUUUUGGCCUCAUGCUAGAUCUAACCCAGUUUUGACCCUAACCACUGUCGAGUGUAACCAUUUGACAGCAGUUACCCAAUAAACUCGUCUGGAAUUUGAUUAGAAAUCCAGUAGGAUUUCCGAAUGGAUUCUGAAUCAGAUGCCACAACCGAUUCCGAUCAGUUCGGUUAACUGGGGAAGGUCGGAAAUGGAUUAGAAUAUCAUAACAUAUCAAAGAUUUUUUUUACAUUUAAAUAAAAUUACAGAUGUCUACAGAUUUUCAUGAUUAUUUCGAAAAACUGACAAAAUUUGAAGUGAAUACGUUUCACUUUACUAUGGGGCGCCUUUUCAAAAUGAAAGAGUGAUAAGUUUUUGAUCGUGAAUAUCUCCUGUUUUAUUCAACGUAUCAACAUGAUUUUUUCCACGUCAUCGGCGAUACGAUCACUAAUUUAUGAUAGAAUUUUCAGUAGUAUGAGAUAAUCGCAAAUAACUUGAUGCUGCAUUCAUUCCAGCCUGCGUAGCUGUCUCGUUCAAUUUAGACCGGAAUUCAGGUCCUGUAUCUAAUUCUAGAGUUCAGUUCUGAAAUUCGGUUUCAAAACCCAACACCAGACGUUUUUUUUUAAUUUCCAGAAUCCAGAUCUAAAAAUCAUUCCUUUGUCCGGAAUCUAGGGCCAGAAUCGAAUUUCAGAACUGUGGAACUUGAACCGAAUUUAAGGUUUUGAUUCUAAGCCUGGAUUUUGGACAGAGAUCAGGAUCUUGCUUCUAGACCUGGACUCUGGAACUGAAAUUCUGGGAAUGAAAUUAAGGUUCAGACCAGAAUACAGUUCCAAAAUCCCUUUUCAGAAUUCAGACUUAUAAUUCACGUUCAGUAUUCGGAAACUGAGUUCCGAGCCUGAGAUUCUGGAACUACAUUCAGCAUCAUUUUUAUAUCCAGAACUCAGUUCUAAAAUGCAUUCCAGAAACCAGUUUUGAAUCCAGCUAGAGCUAGAGCUAGAACUGAGUUUCGAAGCUGAAUUUUGGAUCCAAAUUUGAAAACUGAGUCCUGUACCGGACUUAAACAUAGAAUUCAGUUCCGAACCAGAAUCCUAGGCUCGAAUUAGUGUUUCACAACGAUCUAGAUUCAGGUUUCUGUUCUAGCACUCAGUUUCAGUUCCCAGAGUUCAGUUCCAGAAUCUAGUAUCAAAAUUUAGUUUCAGAUUUCUAGAAUUAUAGGUGAAGAAUUCAGAUUCAUUAACAUCAAAGAAAUUGAACCAUUCAUUUUAUUCGUAUUCAGAGAUUUUCAUGUAGUUAGUGCGUCAUAAUUGGUGAAAUUUUGUUUCAUGUUGCGAAACAGAUUUUUACAUCCACAGCUCUGUUCGUUGUUUGACGAUUCAACGUAACUCUUCUGCGAUUGUAGCGCUGCCCAAGUGGCAAGCAUGGAACUAAGUAAUGGGUGAAAUGUCAGUGUGAAAUUCACUAGGAAACAGAGAUGCCAGAUGAGCAGAUUUGUCUACCAAUUUGUAAAAUUUGUGAUAGUGCUGCUGACAUGUUUGUCACAUGCAAUUUUUUACAGAUGUCCGAGUUUUGUUUUGUUUAUGUUCUGCAGAUUUUCGAAGUUUUUUUUACAGAUAAUUAAUAAAUGUGAAAGACUUUGGAACUGACUGGAGCGUUUUUUUUUGCUCACUAAAUCUACAAACAGGAGUUGUUUCUGUGGAGUUUUUUGCAUUUUUCAGACUUAAAAAAAUUACAUAAAACCAGCGGUUUGUGUGUAUUUUUAUUGUACAUUUGAUGAAUUUUAUUGGAUAAAUCGUUGCAUAAAGUAUUGGAUUCGAAGGAAAAUGAGGUUGAAAGGUGCUUCCGAGCACAAUAUCUAAAAUUGCAUUCACAAUUUCAAAAAAUAUUGAUGACAACUUCCCAUCGUUUGCGAUUUUUCUUUAUUCAGACCCGGAUCCGCUUCGAACGAAUAAACCAUUUUUAGUUGGAUAUGAUUUUUCCAGGAACUGGAAAGUUAGUGCAUAAGAUCGAUAAUAAUUAUUAGCCUUGCCUAAAUCUAUAGUUCACUUACAAUAUGGAACAAACCAUUCUGAAAUCGAUUCGAAAUGACAGACUGAUUUCGAACAAAAUUUUAUUAAAAGAACAUAAAAAGAUUGAGUUUGAAUCAGAAACUAGGUGAAAAGUCUAAGCCUUUUAGGACUAGUUCGGGACUGUUGUGAAAUCAACGAAACAUUCCACUAAGCGAACUUACCAAAUCUUCUCUGCGUGUGUCAAACGCGGGAUGCUCCCCGAAUAACCCUUCAAAUAUCAUCCUUUUACAAAGAACUAAGCUGGUGUCAUUUGAAAACUUUUGAAUAUUAUCCUAGAUAAGAACAGAAUGAUAGUACUCGAUAGCUAAUACUAUUACAUAUAUGAUAUAAACAAACAAACAAACAAACAGAAAAAAAUCUCUAUAUCAGAUGAUGUUGAAAUGUCAAAGAAAAGUCUAUAGCAUAUAAACAACCAAUGUUCUCUAACUAAGCAAACAACUCUGUGUGGAAGGAAACUUUACAAAAUAGCGUACGAUAGCACGAGACGUCCAUUGCUCUAAUACACGUCAAUUUUGAGGUUAGGAAGUAGAAGAAUAAUUACUGCAUAUCUUUGAUUUGGACGCAACUGGCUACCAAAGUUAGCAGACCGGGACGAUGAACGAGUAACCGUUUUCAAUUUCUAUCCUAAUCCAAAUAAAAGUUAACUUGUUUCUUGUGUUGAAAUUGUAUUCAUUCUAAUAGAGCCUGUUCGCUUCCGAGCAUUAAUUUUUUGCCGAGGGGUUACAUUUUCACCAACAUAAUUGAAUGCGUUUCUUUAGCAAAAAAUAGCCGAAUUUUUCAUUCACUUACUAAACUAAAUCGACAAUUCCUGUUGUUGUUAAACUGCAUUUUUUAGAUUCUCGUUUUGAAAGCAUUCCUGAAGCGUCCAGCGCACAAAUGCUAUUUUCACUUCCAUAGAGUUCUUGGUAGGUCUAAGAUCGGAUCCAAUAUGGUGCCAAUCGUAUCGGUAGCAGUAAGCACUUGGCAAAAGUCGAUUUUGAUGACGCGAAAAUUUUGAUAACAUUGAUACGUAGCAGUAGAUUCGUGUAUUUAAAAAAACAACAAAACUAAACAAAUUAUUACAAACCGAUGGUCAAUUCAUCAUAGAUGUUUAUGUGUUCGAGUGUGAAGCGAAAAUGGCUAAAUAUUACCUUCAAAACAUGAUCUUCAACUGUAGUCAAUUGCUCUGUGAUUCUAUUGAGGACUUGCGAAAACCAAUCGCCCAUAUCAAUAAAACUGUGAGUGUUCCUCUCUCCUUCUUCCUACUGUGUCCGUCUCCGGCACUCUUUUGCAAAAAAUAUCACUAAAUUCCCUUGUCUUUUAUCAAUAUCGAGAACUGAUUGACCUUCGAUACCAUUAGAAUUAUGUGGCUAAAACCGUACCAUAGUCGUUUGACCAGUUGUUGUUAAACAAAAAGAUAGAGAUAAAUGCUAAGAAGCUAAAUUGAGAAUUUUGAAAUAAAAGCUCCAACGUACACUCUGGUUAAAUGUGGAAUAAAGGAAUUAAUAAAACAAUACGGUCAUUGUUCGAUUUGAAGCUACCGAGCGAUAAUUUUGAAGCAUACGAACGAUUUGAUUGAUGAAAACUUUGAAAUGUAAAACAUAGGAUCUAUAUUAAUGUUGAAUGUUGAUUGAAAUAAAGUCUAACAUAAACCUA